UCAAACCUUUCUCAAACAACCCAGAAAGACUCCAUUUUUAUAAGAAACCCAGAUGAGCAACAAGACGUUGCUGCAGGAGGUUUGCGCCAAAAAGGGGUGGGCUGCACCCAAGUACUGUAUCACCAAGCAAGGCCCUGAUCACAUUCCUCAGUUCUCCGCCACCGUUGUCGCCAAUGACGUCAGCUUCGUCUCUCAGGGCUUCCUCGGCUCCAAGAAGGAAGCUGAGGCCUCUGCUGCCGGAAUGGCGUUGCAAAAGCAUCUUGGUUAUCAAAGCCAACAGCCCAUUAGCCCAAAUGUCGAGUCUUUGUCUUCCCCAGUGAAAGUUGGCUGUGUGAACAAAGUUGAGGGCAAUCCCACAUCGAGUGAUACUAAUAUCACACCGAAGAAGAAGGGUGCAGAUGAAGUGGAGCAGUUGUUGGCUCAGGAACAGAAGCUAUGGCAGAAAGAGAAGCUUGAGCUUGAGCUGAAGAACCUUGAAUUGGCGAUUGCAACUGAUGUGAAGAGUAAUGAGAUUCAACAAUUUGAGAAGAAACUGCAAGAUAUGAAAGAGAUGGCAACAAUGGAGCAGAUGAAAACUAGGAGGGUGAUAUCAUUGGUAGAAGAGAAAAAGGGAGAAAAUGAGAAACUCCAUAUGAAAGUGGCUGAACUGGAAAAGCAACUCCAGGCAGUGAGUGGGGAUAUGGAAGGGGGAAAGAAGAUAAUCGGUCUCUCCGACUCUUUCCGAAAGGAGCAAAGCUAUAAAAAUGAACUCGAGGAGACUCGUAAGGCGUUGAUCAAUGUAUUACGUGAUGGUUCAAAAGAGAAUAUUGGGGUUAAAAGAUUGGGAGAUCUUGAAUGGGAAUAA